AUGUUCUCAUCCUGGUGUGCUCCUCAUGGCCGGCCCCUGUGUCGAUCGUUGUGCCCUGGCGGCUCCGGCGUCGCUUGGUCCAGGUGGACCAGCUCCAUCGUGCGCCGACGUCGGAGAGCUUUGUUUCAAGCGCUGACAGAUCCAUCCACGAAUCCUGCGAGGCUCCAAAAAUUGCGUGAGAAGGCUGCACGUCCUGGGAAUGACUUGCUGAGAUAUAUUGCUGAGACCCGGGUCGCACGUGUGCAAACACAGGAAGACAGAAAGAAGUUGUGGUAUGACUUGAGGUACAAUCGCUAUGCUCCACUCUUCUUGGGUCAAAUUAAGCCACGGAUGAAGCUGUGGGCGGCUGCAUUGCAUGAGUCCCAGUUGCCAUUGGCGCGUUUGCCAGAAGUUGCCGUGUGCGGGCGUUCCAACAGCGGAAAAUCGACUUUAAUAAACUACCUUUGCGGUCAGUAUUGCGCCAAUAUGAGACGAGCACCUGGGAGCACCAUGGAGCUCUACUUUUGGAAGGUGGGACGACCUGCGCAACUCUGCUUAGUUGACCUGCCGGGCUAUGGCUUUGCCCAAGCCCCAGAUGAGAAGCGGUUGCAGUGGACCGAAUUUACGCUUUGGUACAUUCGGGCACGCAAAAAUUUAAAGCGAGUGCUGCUACUGAUAGACGGGCGACAAGGGUUAAAACCUUCCGAUAGAGAGAUGAUUUCGUAUUUGGAGCGCCACAAUGUCGCAUGGCAAAUUAUUGUGACGAAGAGCGACAAAGUUCCAGCAAAGCAGCUUGCCAAGCGGAUUACAAUCAUGAAGGAGGACCUGACACAGUUUCGCAAGAUGGCGAGUGCUCCAAUCCCAGUUGCUGCGGUCAAGCGAAGGGGCAUGGAAUCCUUGCGCGAUAUUUUGAACGAUAUGAAGGUUGCAAAGGAGGUGGUGAAGGAUGGGAUUCGCAUCAAUGUGUAUGACAUGCUUGAGCAGAGACGCCUUCGAAACCGUGAGAAGAAAAAAAGGCGAAAGGCGCGCAAAGCAGAGGUGGCAGAGGCGGCGGCUGCAUCGAAAGCAACAGCAACGGUACAAAGCGAUGAAUAUGUGGCCGAUGCUGGCGACACUGAAGCCAGCAAUUUGCAUGAGAUCUUAGGUUCUUGGUCAUCUCAAAAAGCUGACACCGAAGAGAAGUCAAACAAGGACAUUCCGUGGAAGGUCCAUGUUUCCACAGAUGAUCGUGACUCUCAGCGAAUCGACUCCUUCAUGUCAACUCUUUUUCCCGACUUCAGUGACUUCCGUUCAGACACCGCCCCAAAGUCAACCAUGAAAACAAUGUCAACUUCGAGCGACUCGAACACCUCAAGUACCUCGAGCCAUUUUGAUUCGAGCCACCCGAGUCACUUUGUCACUUCGAGCGAGGGGCAAGCGAACCCGUGGCCAUUUACCGAUGCGGAGGAGAGCAGUGAUGAUGAGGAUAUGUCGGAUAUUGUGGCGGUAAAGCCGGAGGUGAGGCGUUUCGAAAUUCCAUAUCAUACUCAGGCACCACUCCAGGCACCCAGCGCCAAAUUGAAAACAACGAAAUCCUCUAAGAUUGAGAAAUUUCCUGGUCGGAUUUCUGGUGAUGCCUCUAUUUUGCGCCGGGAGACAAGGCCCAAAGGUGACAUCCUUUAUACAGAAGACGACGUCAUGUCCCCUGCAGACUAUGCUGCCGGCUUCCGGCGCUGGGCCCCAGAAGCACCCUCUGAGGCUGGGGCUUUAAUUGCAGAGGCUCGGAAACGCUAUGAACGGGAGUGGUCAAUGGAAUUGGAAGAUGUAGAUUUUGCACGUGGUGGUGCACCAGAUGCUGGCAGCCUUCGCAAGAGAAAGGAAUCGAAGGAAUCCCAGGAGAUGUUCCCGAAGAUGCCUUUCAUCACGCACAAGGGGGACAAAGAAAUCCCCAAGGGUCAUGCGAAAUGGACUGUUUUGGGCAGACCACCAUCCCGGAUCUUAAAAGAAAAGAGACCGAUGAAUAUCGUGAAAGCUUUGGGUCUAAAGCAUCGGCGAGGGCGGCGGCGGAACUUGGGAUCUAAUCUGGACUGGGAUGAGGCCAAAGAGAAAUGGAUGAGCUGGUAUGACAAAAAUAAAUCUCGCCAAUGGCGCAAGAUUGACCUAGCGGACUCGCCGAAGAAAAGCGAUGUGGACGCCGUGUACGAUGGACAUCAAGAACGUCGAAAGAAGCGAUUGGCUCAGAUGAGAGCAGAAGUCAAACACAGCGGUGGCAGAUCACGUGACCACACUGGAACGCAAGAUGAAGCAGCAUUACCAGAAUGGGCCUAUAGAGAGGGAAACUAACCAAGAAGCUACAUAAAGCUACAGAUUCUAUGCGUGGGGUAAGUUUUAUUCUGCAGCUGUAGUGCCGAAACAGGCACAAGCUGAAUUGUCGAAGAUGUUGCAAGUUUCUUGCAUUGACAUUUGCACCCGGGAAUGCCUGGGGCCUGGGAAGAAAGCACGACUGCUCUGCGCUGCACUUUGAAUUUUGCUCUAGGGU